GAGUGGAACUAACAUGUGAGUGUUAGCAGUGUUGUUGUUAAAAUGAUAUUCACUUAAAAUUAUUUUACGGACGGAAUAUAAUAGGUAAAACGAUCUCGUAAAAAGUCAGUAAGCGUUACAUAACCUCAAUGGCUUAACUUCAGUUAAUGCUAAAUAUUUCUAUUUAUUCGAGAUCGUACCAGUUAUAUGGCUGUAUAAUGUCUGAAGCCACAACUCCGGGAAGAAAGGGCAAUCUGACAGGCAGUGCCAGAAAGUUAAAGGAUGACGCCGCUGACUGGCACAAUCUCAUCCUGAAAUGGGAACGCCUGAAUGAUGAGGGGUCCACCAUUGCGACUAAAAUAGUCAAUCUAGGACUGAGCAAAAAAUCAGUAAGUGAGUCUGAUGUUGUGAUGGAAGGAGACUCUGCUGAUAUGACCCAUUCAGAGAGCAAUCUGAAACCGGGCAACAGAGAGCUGGAGGAUGAAUGUGUCAAAUUAAAGGACGUUGUUGACAAAAUGGCAAAUAUACUGUUAAGGAUGGAGAAGAUGGUCCAUGCUGAGCGUUGGAUUUGUGAGUUAGAAGCAGUUCAGUAUGGAGAAAAAGGAAGACCAGCACCACUGUUUCUUACUUGGCCCAUACAACUGUUUGCUGAUGUAUCUUCCAAACUUUACGAAUCUUACAAGCAGGAGCUUGCCCUAAAGCAGACUAUCCUACAUGAAUUAGCUCACACUUCUAACGCUGAUCUCUCCAUGGUUUAUCUGUCAUCAUGGCUCUAUCAACCUUACAUUGAAGACAGUGGAAAACUGCAACUGGAAAGUUUGCUGUUGGAAACGGGUCACAGAUCUCUGUAAUUCAGCUUUGAUAAAAUCUUGGAUUACUCUUCACAUUUCUAUACUCACAAAUCAAAUGCUGCACUGCUUUGUGAAAGUUUCCAAUUUGAAGGUUUCUUUACAAUACACAAUCUUAAUUCCAAAAGCUCACUCACAAAAGUUUUAAUGUCAUGUUUGAACAUGUCCCUUUGUAUUAAAAAUGCCGAGAUGUUUCAAAAAACAGUAAACCAGAGAUUAUAUAAAAAGUAAUAAAAUAGUGCAACAACUUUUCAAAUGACUUGCACUUGACAAACAACUAAGUUACAUAAACAACAGAACAUAGCCGCGGCUGCCGUUUAAUACUAUAAGCGCAUCAUGUCUUCCCUUUGUUUUACAAAUCUAGAGCUAUCUGUCGCUGUUUGGAGUGACAUGUUAUAAAACAGCAACAUCCACCCUGUUACCAUGUAAGACGAAAAAAACAAAAUAUUGUGUUUUCGGUCCAAAACUAAAGGGAACUAAUUGAUAAUGAAACUUGUGUGAAUAAAAAUGACUUAUCAUGUGGUAUCACUGAACUGCAACUAUAGCUUGGGUCUCCGACAUAAACUAUUCUUUAUAUAUUUCACUAAAUGGAAUAAUGUGUGGACAAAUAAAGUGUUUUUUAGACA